GGACGGCAACGAGCCUACGAGCCAACGAGCCCACACAACCCGCCAUACAACGGCCCCAACGGCACCACCGUAACCUGACCUCCUGCCAGCCUGUGGUCAGCGUUCCGCGCUACUGUUAAACGACGACGCAGCCGCUUCCGCUGCAUGUGACGACGCAAGCUGUUACAUGCACGUACCUACGCACGAACGCAGACGCAAGCGCGUGUGCUGUGAUGAUUGUUGUGGCACAAACGCAAGCCGAAGUGCACGCAUUUUCCAAGCACACGCAACUGUUGAACAACACCAACGGCUGCAGUGAGUGGAGGUCUGGAAAUGGGCACACGCACCCAGCACCAGCCACACACCCAACAGAACAACGACAUCAGCCAGAGCGACAACGAAAGUCACCAGCACGCAAAGGCAGAGGCAAACAACGAACACGCUCACACCAACCACCAACCAUGCGCCUCACCGACACUCUUCGUGGUGCUCAGAACAAGGCUGCCGUGAGUCGUCGAUGUCUCGCCCUUGCGCUUCUCCUCUUCGUUUUCAGCAGCAUGCCAGAAGUGAAUGCGGAAUGGAGCACCAUCUCCGAGCCCUUCACACUCACCUGCCCAGAGGGACAGGGCGUCACGACAGUAUCUUCAGAGUUCAACGAAGAUGAAGGCGACCGCAUAUUCUCCCUGACAUGCAGCGACAUUGGCGGCCAGCCUCAACCACCCCCGACCUGGACAGCAGAUUAUGUGAACGAGUUUGUGUCCAACGACUAUGAUCUCUACAGCUUCCCACCGCGCGAUCUCACCUUCACCUGCCCAACGAAUGAGUAUUUGACAGGCAUAGAGAGCGACGCAAGGGAGGCCAGGAUCCAAGCUUCUCGUGGUCGCGAAAACUUUUUUGCCGAUCGUCGCUGGAAGUUUCAGUGCGCGAAGUUGAAUGGCGGCACGCUGAUGAAUUGCGCCUUUGGACAAGACGAGACGUGGUAUCGUGACCCCUUUGAUGUGAGCGCACCAUCAUCAUCAGUUAUUACAGGCGUAUCUGCAGACGUUGGCGCUUUCUUCGCAGAUAAGGUUGAUCCACUUUGGAGCUUUCAGAAAUGCCAGAUCACGUGCGACGAAACCAGCGGCUAUCAGCUUGUUGGCCGCACAUGCCAGCUGCGGACGUGCGAUCCCCUGGUCCUGCCCAAUGGCGUCACGGAGGGCAACUGCACCGGUGCUUUUGGUGACGAGUGCAAGUACAAGGAGUGCAACAGGGGAUAUGAACUGACGGCUUUCGGAUCGAUAACGCGCACGUGCGAUUCCAUUGGCACCGAAGUCGCUUGGACUGGGACGCCCAAGGAAUGCACUGAUGCGGACGAGUGCGCAACGGGCGAGCAAGACUGUUUCCCAGGCUCCGUGUGCGUCAACACGAUCGGAUCGUAUUCGUGCUCAUGCCUCUUUGGUGAACAGCGCGAUGACAGCUGCUUUGUUGAAGCCCCAACGAUCACGGUUGAGCUCGGCCUGACAGACAUGGACAUUAGUGUUGAUGGCGAGUGGGGCGAUACAUUCCCAAAAUACAGGGUGUCUGUGGCGCGCUGGUCGUAUGAUCUCGCUGCCAAGGAAGACAUCGCCGGCUUUCCAAAGACGGUCUCCAAGCCCUUCACGGGGUACCAUGUCUCAAACCUUGCUGCAGGCACCCGAUACAGGGUGACCCUGACGCCUGUUGGCAACAACGACGAAGAGAUUCCGUAUUUUUCUCAAGUGGCGAUGACGCCCGAGGGCAACGAUCCCCAGACCAUAUGCGGUUGCAUUCCGGCCGAUCCGUCCGGCGCUCCGACCGACUUCCAGAUCAAGCAAUUCAAAGGGCACGUGCUCUUCCGCUGGGCGGACCAGAGCCAGUGCGAGUCUGCCUUCUCCUUCACGCGCAACGGCGUUGGUCUGACGUCGCGGUUCCCCGUCACGGAGCAGCUGGCAUGCGGCGCCAUCCAGGAGCCCAACACCGUCUACGACGACCUCACCAUCCAGUCGGCUGGCGACUACGCUGAAGUGGACGAGGCCCUCAACUACUUGCUGCCAGAAGGCGAGUUUUACCUGCGCCGUUUCCUGGCCGUGGACACGGGCGACACGCGCUUCAUGUACCCGCACGAACUGCAGCGCCAGAAAACGCACUUCUCGUCGACGAGCACGACCACGACGGCUGCACCGCAGGGUGUGCCUGAUGAUGAGCACCGCUACUACCCCGGCACUUCCUCGCCCGUCGCAUCCGUGUCGGAGUGCAAGGACCUGUGCGACAUUCGUUCAGACUGGUGCAUCGCCUUUGUUGUGCAGACCAAGAGCGACGACACAUUGGUGUGUCACCAACUGCGUGUCAUCGAGACCGCGACGCUGCGUGCAGGCGAGAAGAAGGCCGUCUCCUUUGAACGCGUGACUGUCACCGGCACCGGCGUUGACGGGUCGUACAUCUUCGAUGGGACGCAGGACGACUGCGAGGAGGCGUGCUCUGCACACGGCUCGUGUGAUAUGACCAUGGUGGCUGCUGGCGUGUGCGCCGUCGUUGUCGACGCUGUCGAGACAGAGACGCCGCUCACCCAAUCUGUGCAUCCCGACAUUGACCCGACGUUCUCACGCCGCAUCCCUGGUCCUGAGCCCGGCACCACGCAGGAGUACUGCAUCGAGGCAAACAAGCCCGAGUGGUACGACCUUCAGGGCUACUCCUCAGACCCCACUUGUUCCGACUUCACAAUCAUGUGGGAGAGUCAGCUUGAGGGCCAGAUUACCAUCGACUCCAAGGAAAUCCACCUCCCCGUGGAAGGCGUUGAGGUUGAGUUUGAAAUUGGCGGACUGGUGCGUGGGCGUCGCAUCACCAACGAGGACGGAAAGUUCUUCAUCCACAUCCUCUCGGACAAGCUGGUCGGCAGCCGCCACCGCAUGACGCUCCGCUUCUCCAAGACCACGGGCAACAUCAAGCACACCUUCACCUGCGGCGGUAUCGCUUGCACGGAGAGCACGCUCAUCAUGGAGCACCUUCGCUUCGACCAUCAGGUCAACGUCAAAGACACCACGUCCCUCCCGUUCAGCGGUAUCGUCUCCAUUGGCGGCACGGAGCACGAGGGACUUCCUGACGGCUGUCCGCUCAAGGACGUUGAGGUGUGUCUGUAUGACCGCAACCAAGCCAACACCCUCAUCAACUGCGACAUGUCGGAUUCCAAGGGCCGCUACCUCAUUUCGGCUGUUCUCGGCACGUCUGUUACCGUCAGCCUCAGCUUUGGCAACUCGUCCCACACGUUUGAGCGCGCACCGUACAAGAAGGACGCAGCCAACGCCCCAUCGGGCAUCCUGCAGUCGAUUGAUGCCACCAACUCACUGGUGCGCACGCCAUACUACGAUGUGACGGACGGCAUGUUCUGGGAGAACAUCAACUUCAAGGACACGACGUCUGACAGAGGCACCGUUGACAUUGCCGGCGGGCUGUGUAACCUCAACCUCGGCGAUGCGGUGAUGGAGUUCCGGUAUGACGCGUGCCCAACGUGGGUGAAGACACACACCAUUUCUGACCGGCUGUCCAAGUGGACGCUGCCAGCGCAGAUCAUCACGGUGCGCUUCAAAGAGAUUACGCGCAACUACGAGGUGCGCGGCGAGAUUACGCGCUACUUCUCGGCCAAGCUGGGCAACUCGCGCUCGCUGUACUUGGACCUGCGCAACCCGCAGGAGGACGACGAGGACAAGAAGACGGUGCGAUUCGAGUACCACCCGCCACCGCAGCUGAGCGUUGAGUUUGAUCGGGAGAUGAAACACAACUGCAACAGCACAGAGGGUGAUCGCCCCUUGCACGUUAUGAGGCAGAACGAAGAGCUGAAGGCGACCGUCAAGGUCAUUGAGGACUACGGCGAAGGCGUGGGCACGUGCGAUGCGGUGCCGGGCCAGAUUGAGGUUGAGAACCAGCUUGGUGAGUCGCCGGCCAUCGUGGACGUGCUGAACGCAACCACCUCCCUCACCAACAAGCAGCUGAACAAGUUGAAGCUGUGCUACGACACGUGCCUCAUGGACGUGACCAUGGACGAAGAGCUUCAGGAUGGCGAGACCGUGUACUCCAACACGCGCAUUGAGUUGAGCAUCAUGACUGGCGAGCCGGAGACCAACCCACAGGCCGUUGACCCCGAGAACCCGUACUCCAAGCUCUUCCGCGUCACCAUGCACAACCUGCCACAGGACCCCGUCACUGUGUACGAGAAGGUGGUGGUUGUUGGCGACAAGGUCAUCUCCAAGUUCUUCAGCGUGCCCUUCCCGCGCUAUCAGCCGCUUGCCGUGGUGCAGGACCCCCCCGGUGGCCUGUCCACCGUCACGUACUCCAAGGCGUACAGCAACUACUUUAUGAAGAGCCACACGCACGAGGAGUACCAUGGGUUCUACUUCACCACGGGCCUUGCUCCCGUCAAGGUGGAGACGGGCGUGCAGCAGUGUGUUGGCCUCGGCGCUGCCGUGUGCACUACGGUGGCAGACACGGAGUCCACCCCGUUCAAGAUCACUGUCGACCAGACUCACACCUUCGGCAGCAUGGACCCAGAGGACAACUACGGCUCUGAACGCGUGUGGUCGUUUGCAAUUGAGCUGACGACCUCGGAUGACCCGGGCACGGCCGGCGAGAAGUCGGACAUGUUCCUCGUGCCCGCCCUCAACGUGGUGUGGCUGGAGACGGAGGAGGUCUCGUUUGACGUGGAGCAGUGCCAGGCAUCCAAGGAGACCAAGGUCAAGUGGAGCCUUGAGGGCCAGGAUAACCGCAAGGUGCUCAGCUGGGUGUCCGCACUUGAGAUUGAGAACAAGGAGCUGCCAGACCUGCGCAAGCUGCUCGCUCUCGCCGAACAGCCACCAGGCGAUGACGACGACGACACGGAGGAGGACAGGGCGGAGAAGAUUGCUGAGCUGAAGCGCGCGAUCAAGGCGUGGGAGGACAACCUGGACCGCAACAAGGAAGUGCGGCAGCAGGCGGCCGAUGGGCUGCUGGAGCCCGUGCAGAGCAUGUGGGCAAAGGGCAACGCCGAGUUUGAGUGCUCACCGAGCAUUUCCCCCGAUGAAGACCCGGACAAGGCGGCCAAGAUCCAAAGCGAGCUGUCGCGAACCCAGCUGUGCAGUGGCUUUGAUGUGGACCGCAUUGCCGACAAGGCGCAGAAGGGCAUCUCACUCGCCCCACACGACGACAUCGACAAUGGAAAGGACUUGGACGGCUUUGCCGCGUCAGACCAGGACAAGCAAGACCUGCGCAACAUUGACACGAUCAAGUUCUCUGGCGGCGGGUCCACGUACACGUUUGAGUACGACCUGUCACGCGGCGACAGCGUGAUUGGCGGCAGCUCGCGAACGCACGAGGUGUCCGUUGGUGUUGAUGUUGAGUUUGGGUUCAAGGUUUUCGGUGUGGGCAUGGCGUUUGAGCUGUCCACAGGGUACAACUACGAAGGCACGACAGCAGAUGAGUAUGAGGCCGGCGUGUCGACGGAUGGAGCGCUUUCUGUGACGCUCGGCGACCCUGACCCAUACGACGUGUUUGAUGUCGGCAUCUUCGUACACCCCGACUACGGCACGUUUGUCUUCGCCACCUUCUCUGGCCAGUCUUCCUGCCCGCAUGAGCCCAACACGGUGAAGCUGGAGCAGCCUGGCAUCAGCAUCCUGAAGCGGCCAGAGGCGCCCGUGCUGCCUGGCGAACCCGCCGUCUUUGAGUUGUUACUGAAGAACGAUGGUCCAAGCUCUGCAGACUUUAGCCUGUUCUAUGUGUCGCGCCUCAACCAGGAUGGCCUUGAGGUCGUCGUGAAUGGCCAGGCGCUGGAGACGCCACUCGUCUACGAGACGUUCCCGGCCAACUCGGCAAGCCACGUCACCGUCACCGUGAACCAGGGCCCAAACGUGUUCAAGUACGACCCAGUCGCCGUUGGCUGGCGAUCCAUCUGUGAGACGACCAACGUGGAAUACGUGUACUUGGAGGCCGAGUUCCUGCAGCCGUGCAGCCCCGUGAAGCUCGUUGGCGAGAUUGGCGAGUCUGGCGCGUUCACCCUCAACCAGGAGACGAUGGAGCAGGACUACAAGCCUGGCCAGAUCCGCGUCGUGGCUUUCAACCCGGACCACGCCAGACGCACGUGGCUGGAGGACGAUCGUCUGGAGAAGGUCGUCAUCGAGUACAAGCCUGCCAACUCGUACAUCUGGCUGCUGGCCCGCGACGAGAACGGCGAUGCGUUGGACAUUCGCGAGCGCGAGAACGAGUACGGCUACAUCACGGCGUGGUGGGACGCGUCGACAUUGCUUGAGGGCGACUACCACCUCCGCAUUCGCGCGCAGUGCCAAGCGUCCAUCAACGAGAUGCCCGAUGGCAUUGACGAGAAGCUGUCGUCUGUGGCGACUGGUGUCGUUGAUCGCGACCCGCCGGUCGUGUAUGGGUUCCCUGAGCCCGCGGAUGGCGAGUUCUUCCCUGGCGACGAGAUGUCGUUCCAGUUCAACGAGGACGUGGAGUGCCGGCAGCCGUUCAUCUUCCAGGUGUCGCUGACGGUGGAGGACUACGACCGCGACUUCAACAACAACAACAUGGUGAUUGUGUGCGAGGGCCGCAAGAUCUCCAUGUCCCUUCGCCGCGGAUUCCGCUACGACGAGGUCAACGGGCUGAGUGCAAACCUGGCCAUCGCCAACGUCAAGGAUCUGAGCGGCAACACGAUGCAGUCUCCAUCUCAGCACACGUUCACCUUCGCUGAGCUGAACCUGGCGGAUGCCAGCGUGACUGUGAGCGGCCUCGUUGUCAACGUCCCAUAUCAGGACGUGUACGCCGACACCACGUCGGAAGGCUUCAUUGACCUGGCCGAUGUGCUGCAGGCCGAACUGGCCACCAUUGUGGACACGGACCCGUCACGCGUGACCAUCACGGGCAUUGCGCCUGUCGAUGCGACGGACUACACUGUAGGCAUCACCGUCUCCCUCCGUUUCACGCCCGAAACAGCAGACACAGCAGCUGCUGGCCGUCGCCGUCGUGCCACCACGACCACAACUGCCACGGAUCUUGCCACGCUGCUGCAGAGCCGGCUGCAGGAUGCAGCGUACACGGAGUCGCUCUCUGUCCUCAACACUGCCUCGCUGAACGAGGCAGCAACAGUGGAGUUGGAGCCGUCUGCAACCGACGCAGCCCAGAACGGCGCGAGCGGCUCUAGCGGUGGUUCGGCCGCCUCUGUUUCUACCUCAACGUCCUCUUCCUCAUCAUCUUCAACAACGAGCACCUGGAAUGAUCUUAGCCUCGCUGUUGCUUCCUUGGCCUUGAACGCCGUGCAGCUGGUGGUCGUGGUUGUCGUGUUUGCGCGCAUGUUUGUCUACAUGAAGAAACUUGGCCGCAAUGGUCGUGAUGACGAUGAUGACAGCAUUGGGCGCAGGCCGUCGCGGAGUGACCCUUCCAAGACAGCUUGGUUCAAGGCCUGGAGCCCUCGGAGCUCCAAGGUCCAGCCCUUCCCCGAAGACGCCGCUGAGACCACGGUGUGAAUGGCGGGAAUGACCUGAGCUGUUUGCUUUUGACCAGACACACGCGGGCAUCGCGGGUGGAUGCCCCCGGUGUUCCUCCUUCUCGAGGGCAUUUUGUUGCACGUGUUACAUUACAUUACUGUGAACCUGUUGGCAUUGUUACAUGCGUGCCCAUUGGUAGAUUGGUGGUGUUGUUGUUGUCGUUCUGCGUCGGUCAAAGUUUUGCUCUUCACUGUCGUGCGUGUGCGUGCGUGUGCGUGUGUUUGUGUAUGUCGUGUGCGUGUGUAUGUCGUGUGUUUGUGUAUGUCGUGUGUGUGUUUCUGACACCAUAGCAUGCGUUGCGUGUGCGUUCUGUCAUUCUUGUUGCUGUUUUGAGUACACGCAUCUCCUUG